CAGUGAUGGGAACUCGAGCGAGCGCUGGUAUGUUUCUCCCAAACCAAUAAAAACCUCUCGAUUUCUUCUUUAUCACUUGAACAGGGAAGUAGGCAGGACUCGCAAACGCGCACCACACACCUCCUCGACUGUUGUCAGCUGUGAGUGUGUGUAAAGCCCGUACCCUGUCGUCGCAUUUGGUUCAGGGUUUUAACUGCCAAGUUAUCAUCUCGUGUGAAGAAAAUGAACAACAUCCCCCUCUCUCGCUCUGAGGUGUUUGGGGAGCUGAGGAAGGAGCUGCAUGAAGAUGUGGAGUUCCAUCAAUCCGAUGCUCACAUCUUCAUCAUCAUGGGGGCAUCGGGGGAUCUGGCAAAGAAGAAAAUCUAUCCAACGCUAUGGUGGUUGUACAGAGACGGCCUCCUCCCUGAGCAGACGUAUUUUGUGGGCUUUGCUCGCUCUGACUUGACGGUUGAUGACAUUCGGACUUCUUCCAUGCCAUACCUGAAGGUGACCGAUAAAGAGGCAGAGCGGUUGUCAGCCUUCUUCAGCAGGAACUCGUACAUCAGUGGGAAAUAUGCAGAUGAGAGUUCCUUCUCCAAACUCAACACGCACAUCCUGUCUCUGCCCGGAGGACCAGAGGCAAACCGUCUCUUCUACCUGGCGCUGCCUCCUACCGUCUACCACGAUGUUACCAAGAACAUCAAGCAUUGCUGUAUGAGCACAAAAGGCUGGAACAGGGUGAUCGUAGAGAAGCCGUUUGGACAUGACCUUCAGAGCUCUGAGGAGCUGUCCACUCACCUCUCCUCCCUCUUCACUGAAGAACAAAUCUACCGUAUAGAUCACUAUCUGGGCAAGGAGAUGGUGCAGAACCUCAUGGUGCUCAGGUUUGGGAACCGAAUCUUCGGGCCAAUCUGGAACAGGGACAGCUUGGCCUGUGUAGUUCUAACCUUCAAAGAACCGUUUGGCACUCAGGGCCGAGGGGGCUACUUUGAUGAUUUUGGCAUCAUCCGUGAUGUCAUGCAGAACCACUUGCUCCAAAUGCUCUGCCUGGUUGCCAUGGAGAAACCAGCUUCCACUAGCUCGGAUGAUGUCAGGGAUGAAAAGGUGAAGGUGCUGAAGUGCAUCGCUCCAGUGUCCAUCUCAGAUGUGGUGCUGGGUCAGUACGUGGGGGAUCCAGAGGGUGAGGGAGACGCCAAACUGGGUUAUCUUGAUGAUCCCACAGUUCCUAAAGGGUCAACUCAGGCCACCUUCACCACCGCUGUACUCUAUGUGCACAACGAACGCUGGGAUGGUGUCCCUUUCAUUCUUCGCUGUGGCAAAGCUCUGAAUGAGAGGAAAGCUGAGGUGCGGCUUCAGUUCACAGAUGUCCCAGGGGACAUUUUUGGAAAUCAGUGCCGCAGGAAUGAGCUAGUGGUUCGUGUGCAGCCCAACGAGGCCGUCUACGCCAAGAUGAUGAGCAAAAAACCUGGCGUCUACUUUAGCCCUGAGGAAACUGAGCUGGACCUCACCUACAAGAGCAGAUACAAGGAUGUGAAGCUUCCUGACGCUUACGAACGUCUCAUCCUGGACGUCUUCUGUGGGAGUCAGAUGCACUUUGUACGCAGUGAUGAACUAAAGGAAGCAUGGAGGAUCUUCACACCUCUUCUUCAUCACAUAGACAGAGAGAAGCCCAAACCUCUUCCUUACAAAUACGGAAGCCGUGGCCCAACAGAAGCAGACGAGCUUGCAAAGAGAGUUGGAUUUCGCUAUGAAGGCACUUAUAAAUGGGUCAAUCCUCACAGACUGUGAAUUUUGAUGAGAUGAGGGAGGAGUAGAGGUAUGAUAGUAGGAGGAGUGCAGCAGGGUAAGUGAGCCGUCUCAUUAUCCAAUACUGGAGAGUAGCAGAAACAAGCUUUUUUUACUCAGGUAUGGCAAUUAUUCCUUGGAGCCAGUUCAUCAGACAUUCAAAAGAGAAAUGUGAAUUUAUGUGGUCAUCAUGGGCAUAUACCAGCUUUUGUGGUAGUUUUUUUUUUUUUCCUUCAUAUAUUACAUAUACAGCAAGUUUUCUUUUUUUUUUGAGGUGGGACCAAGUCACUUGGAGAGGGAACAAAAAACAAAAUCUGAUGUUUUUGUGAACAAAAUAACUGUCUGAUGAACUAGCUCCAUGUCCCUGUCUCUAUUAAUUAGGUCUUAAUUUGUCAGGAUGACUGAGUAACAAGAGCAGAGCAACAACAAAACACUCAGCUGAGUCAUGCUUACUCAGCACUGUACCAAAGAUGGGAAAUGAACACCGCGGAGAUGAGAAACAACAGGAAUGAUUGUUCGCCAGCUGUCACUCUUAAUAACCAUUGUGAUUGUAAUACUAUUAUGCUUUGACUGCAGUUAUUAAUCACACUUAGUGUAAUUUAUUUUUAUGCCUCCUCUUUAAGAUAAAUAGCCUCUGUGUUUUGCAAAGGGCAAAGCAUUCAUACUUAUAGUCUUAAGUGUCCUUAUGGACAACCAAACAAGCUCUCUGUCUUGGUUAGUAGCCUCCAACUGAGCUUCAUUCCCUUUUUGUUUACAUGUUUUCUUCUGUGUUUAAGUUACUGAAGUUCAUUCCAUAUUUCAAAGUAUUCAGACAGCAGCAGUGUCUACCACAGGUCAACAGUGAAUGUCUUUGUAAUGACGUACUGAAUACUGCUGUUAACUGCACACUCGUAUGUGAAGCUUGCUACAUUCCCACUACUUGUAAUAAACUUUUUGCUUCUCUGGUAA